AUGUUGAAAAGGAUUUUAAACCUUCCAUUUGCAGCUUUGAUAAAUCAACAAACUCAUUUGGCUAAACAUAUUGCAACGUCCACAUCAGCAUAUAGUGCUUAUAAAAGAUAUGACAGGCAGUCAGAUGCAGUUCGUACAACACCAGAAUCUGUAAGUGAUUUAGAGUCAAGUGACAAAACAGUCCUGCCUUAUGACAAAAUAUAUGGGACGUCAUCAUUUCCCACAUUAGAGACACAUUCACAAUCUUUUAAUGGAAUCAAAUACACAGAUCUACCCAUAGUCCAUGUGAGAGCCACCUACAACAAUACCAUUAUUGCAGCUACAGAUUCAAGUGGUACAUUUUUAGCAAUUUCAAGUGCUGGAAGAGUGGGUUUCAGAAAUGCCAGGAAAGGAACUAAUGUAGCAGCACAGGCAGCAGCAAUAGCUUUAGCAGGAGAUGCGUUAAAAAAGAACCUGAGAACAGUUCGUGUGUGUUUGAGUGGAAUUGGACCUGGCAGGCUGCCGGCAUUAAAGGCACUUGAGCAGUCUGGCUUGAACAUCGUAUCCAUUACAGACACCACACCCUUAGCACACAAUGGCAACCGGCCAAAGAAGGUUCGAAGGCUGUGA